AUGCGGGCUAAGAUAAAUAAACGUAAGUCCUAUCAAAAUAAAUGGUGCAGUAGAAUAGAAAUUGGUUGUUUGGAAGAGCUGCUUCAUCGACUGAGGCAGACAGGUACAGUUAAAGUUUUGCAGGACAACGCAGGCUUUGUAUCUAAGAUCAUUUUUGCUCGUAAUGAUAUGAUAGACGUGUAUCAUAAGUUUCCAGAAGUAGUUGGAAUCGAUUGUACUUACAAAACGAAUAAGAUGGGAUGGCCUUUAUAUCAGUUUGUUGUGACUGAUGGAUUCGGAAGAGGAAGGACUGUUUUGUUUGCUCUUACUAGGAGAGAAACGUUUGCAGAUAUCAAGGAGAUAUUGCAAACGUUUAAGAGAUUUAUGGUGGAUACAUCGAAAACAUUAACAUUCACUGUCGACUGUGCAACUGCACAGAUGAAAGCCCUAAAGGAGGAAUUCCCUAGUUGCAAUAUUGUUUUGUGUCUUUUCCAUGUAUGCAAGGCAUUCAGAAGGAAGUUCCCAAACCAGCUUGUUAAAAAGUGGUUGUAUGGAAUGGCGCACACGCGCAGUUAUGACAG